CCCCAUUAAUUUUCUUCUAUAUAGAGUAAUGUUCUUGAUUUGUUUAAAAAAUCAUAAGUUUUCUUGCAAUGGUUUCUUCCUUUUUUUAUCUUCUAUUAUUUCUGUUUUUCUUUCCACUACACAAUUUAGCUCAAAAUAAUGGUAGAGUAGCAACUAGCACUUCUCUUACUGCAACAGAUGGAACCACCCCAUGGUUUUCACCAUCUGGUGAUUUUGCAUUUGGGUUUCAAAAACUUCAAAAUAAAGAUCAAUUCUUGCUUUGUAUAUGGUAUGCAAAAAUACAGGAAAAAACCAUAGUAUGGCAUGCAAAUAUCAGUAAUCCAGUGCCACGUGGAUCAAGAUUACAGCUUGAUUCUCAAAAUGGUCUCAUACUUAGUGAUACACAAGGCAAUACAAUUUGGAGAACUGAUUUGGUUAUUGGUAAUAUUGACCAUGGAUUUAUGAAUGAUACUGGAAAUUUUGUUAUUAUGGGAAAUGAUUCUACUGAUCCAUUGUGGGAAAGUUUUAGAAAUCCAAUUGACACUUUGUUGCCAAGUCAAACAUUGGAAAGAGGAAGCUUCCUUGUUUCUCAAAGAUCAGAAGCUAAUUUCUCUCAAGGUAGAUUUUAUCUUCGCAUGGUUGAUAAUGGGAAUUUGGUGCUUGGUACAAAAAGUGUGCCUUCCAAUUCAGAUUAUGAUGAUGAGUACUAUAACAGUCGAACUUCGGACGAAGCAAAUGUAACCAAUUCUGGUGAUAAGUUGGUUUUUGAAGAGAAUGGUAUGAUGUACAUCUUGAAGAGAAACAAUGAAAGGCAGUUUCUUACUCCCCGAUCUAUUCCUUCAGCUUCGGAAAAUUAUCAUCGCGUGACACUUAACUUUGAUGGAGUUCUCACUCAUUAUUAUCGCUCGAGGAGUUCUAAUAGCAGUGGCUGGAAUAUUUUAUGGGCUCAACCAGAUAAUAUAUGUUUCAACAUUUUUAGUGGAGGAAUAGGGGCUUGUGGAUACAAUAAUGUGUGCAAUCUCGGUACAAACAAAAGACCAGUUUGUAACUGUCCUAAAGGAUAUUCACUACUUGAUCCAAAUGAUAUUUAUGGAAGCUGCAAACCAGAUUCUGCUGUAAGUUGUGAUGAAGUUGGGAGGGGUUCACCUGAAGAUUUGUACAAUUUUAUCACGGUUCGUGAUACUGAUUGGCCAACAUCUGACUUUCAGAAGCUUAGCCCUUCUACUGAACAAGACUGCCAAAGUUUCUGUUUGAAUGAUUGUUUUUGUGCUGUUGCUAUUUAUAGAAGCGAUAGCUGCUGGACAAAGAAGCUGCCACUGUGGAAUGGGAGAAUAGACACCAGUCUGAAUGCGAAAGCUUUUAUUAAGAUAAGGAAAAAUGGUAUUCCUCCUCUAAGUCCUGGGCUUCCAAAUCCAGGAUCUUGUCAAAGCAAGAAUUGGCGAAAUUGGGCAGUUGUGUCGUCCACGCUCUUAGGUAGCUCUGUGUUGGUGAAUGUUCUCUUCAUUGGUGUAUUUUGUUGGGUAUUCUUCCACAUUUAUAAAAAGAAAGCGAAAACAUUACGCCCUAGAAGUCGUGUAGCAGACUCUAUUUGUCAUAGUUUUACAUACAAAGAACUUAUCGAAGCCACAACAGACUUCGAGGAAGAGCUAGGCAGGGGAGCCUUUGGUAUUGUUUACAAAGGGGUGAUGCCUAUCGGUUCAAGAAACGUUGUUGCUGUAAAGAAGCUGGAUAGAGUUGCUCACGAGACAGAGAAGGAAUUCAUGACUGAAGUAAAUGUGAUUAGUCAGACUCAUCACAAAAAUUUGGUCCGUCUUCUUGGAUAUUGUAACGAGGGAGCUCACCGCUUGUUGGUCUACGAGUAUAUGAGUAACGGCACUCUUGCAAGUCACCUUUUUGGUGAUCAAAAACCUACUUGGAGUCAGAGGACAAAAGUUGCAAUGGGGAUCGCAAGAGGACUUGCAUACCUCCACGAAGAGUGCAGUACACAGAUUAUUCAUUGUGACAUAAAGCCUCAAAACAUUCUUCUGGAUGAUCACUAUAUUGCCCGAAUAUCAGAUUUUGGAUUGUCUAAACUUCUGAUGAUGAACCAGAGCCGGACGCUUACUAACAUUAGAGGAACAAGAGGUUAUGUUGCUCCAGAAUGGUUCAGGAAUAGUCAGGUCACGGUUAAGGUGGAUGUUUUCAGCUUUGGAGUAUUGCUACUAGAGAUCAUCACUUGUCGUAAAAGCCUGGAGAAUGAGGAAAGCUAUGGACCGGAGGCAAUUCUUACAGAUUGGGUUUUGGAUUGCUUUCAAGAGGGAAAAUUUGAAGCUUUGGUAGAAACUGAUACCGAGGCCUUGAAUGACAAGAAGCAGCUCGAGAGGUUUGUGAUGGUCGGUAUUUGGUGCAUUCAGGAGGAUUCGACGAUGAGGCCUACUAUGAGGAAAGUCACUCAAAUGCUUGAAGGAUCUGUUGAAGUGACUACUCCACCUUGCCCUUAUACAUUCAGCACUACUAUUUAAGAUCAGCCUCAAUUGUCUGUGAUUUCCUUCGCUGUAUAUCUUUAAUAUCUAAAUACUAAGGUAAUGUUACUCAUCAUGUUGCAUGUUCUUUAUAUUGUA